UUAGGUUGUUUGAAAGUUAAUGGCUUGAGGGAAAGAGAAUCGCUUCAGGAGAGUUUCGGGAUUUUUCUGAAGUGAAGCUUGACUGUUCUCAAGCAAUAUAACCACGAAGAAAGUAAUACGAAUAAGUUACUUUUGACCAAUACGUGUAAUAUCUAAAUAACUAUGCAGGAUGCAGUAGCCGGGACAGCAAUGAUGACGGACGGCUUCGAGGACGAGAUUGACUCGGUGACUCCUCGCUCCCCUGCUUUAGGGAUGGGGGUUGGAGCUACAACAGGAGCCGGACUUGGGGCCCUUGGUAUUGGCGCAGGAGGAAAGAAAGUCCGCUUCUUUGGUGAGGCAGGUGGGCCCACAGCAGAUAGGAUUGAUUUUAAGCUCGCUGCAGCCGCAGUGCUAUCAUCUGGUCCUGGAUCUGGCAGCGACGAAGAUGAAGUAUCUGAGGUGGAAUCAUUUCUUUUGGAGCAGGAAGACCUGGAUAACCCUGUGCUAAAGACGGCCUCAGAACUGCUCCUGUCCAGUGCUGCAGACAACCUGGACCUGCGGAGAGUGGACCCCGAAACACAGGCCCGCCUGGAGGCCCUGCUGGAGGCAGCAGGCCUCGCUGAACAGUCCAAUGCCGACGGUAAAGCCUUCGCCGAUCCCGAGGUGCUGCGCCAGCUGACCUCGUCAGUGAGCUGCGCUCUGGACGAAGCAGCUGCCGCUCUCACACGAAUGAGGGCCGAGAACACACUCAACGCCAGCCAAGCAGACAAUCUGGUUAUUUUUAGCCGUAGCCUGGCCGAGGCGUGCUCUGACGGAGACGUCAAUGCCGUGCGCAAGCUGCUGGACGAGGGCCGAAGCGUCAACGAGCACACGGAGGAAGGAGAAAGCCUGCUGUGCCUGGCCUGCUCGGCCGGCUACUACGAACUCGCCCAGGUCUUAUUGGCCAUGCACGCCAAUGUGGAGGACCGAGGCAUUAAGGGGGACAUCACACCUCUAAUGGGAGCAGCCAGUGGCGGUUACGUGGACAUAGUCAAACUGCUACUGGUACACGGAGCUGAUGUCAACGCACAAUCCUCCACAGGCAACACAGCCCUGACGUACGCAUGUGCGGGAGGCUUCCUGGACGUGGUCAAGGUGCUGCUGAAGGAAGGCGCCAACAUCGAGGACCACAAUGAGAACGGACACACUCCCCUGAUGGAGGCGGCCAGUGCCGGUCACGUCGAGGUCGCCCGCGUGCUCCUGGAAUACGGCGCCGGCAUCAACACACACUCCAAUGAGUUCAAGGAGAGCGCGCUCACGCUGGCCUGCUACAAAGGACACCUGGAAAUGGUGCACUUCCUGCUCGAGGCUGGAGCUGAUCAGGAACACAAGACAGAUGAAAUGCACACGGCCCUCAUGGAGGCCUGUAUGGACGGGCACGUGGAGGUGGCGCGUCUGCUGUUGGACAGCGGCGCUCAGGUGAACAUGCCCGCCGACUCGUUCGAGUCGCCACUGACGCUGGCGGCGUGCGGCGGCCACGUGGAGCUGGCAGCCCUGCUCAUCGAGCGCGGCGCCAACCUGGAGGAGGUCAACGACGAAGGCUACACGCCCCUCAUGGAGGCGGCACGCGAAGGCCACGAAGAGAUGGUGGCCCUGCUCCUGGCUCAGGGAGCCAACAUCAACGCCCAGACGGAGGAGACGCAGGAGACGGCCCUGACGCUGGCCUGCUGUGGGGGCUUCCUGGAGGUGGCCGACUUCCUCAUCAAGGCGGGAGCUGACAUCGAGCUGGGCUGCUCCACGCCGCUGAUGGAGGCUGCGCAGGAGGGACACCUGGAGCUGGUGAAAUACUUGCUGGCAGCAGGAGCCAACGUGCACGCCACCACUGCGACAGGUGACACGGCCCUCACAUAUGCGUGUGAGAAUGGACACACCGAUGUGGCUGACGUGCUGCUCCAGACAGGCGCUGACCUGGAGCACGAGUCCGAGGGAGGCAGAACUCCGCUAAUGAAAGCAGCGCGAGCAGGACACCUGUGCACUGUCCAGUUCCUGAUCAGCAAAGGUGCGGAUGUCAACAGAGCCACAGCUAAUAAUGACCACACAGUGGUGUCCCUGGCCUGCGCCGGAGGCCACUUGGCCGUGGUGGAGCUUCUGCUGGCUCACGGGGCCGACCCCACGCACAGACUAAAGGAUGGCUCCACCAUGUUGAUUGAAUCUGCUAAAGGUGGCCACACUAAUGUGGUGUCCUACCUCCUGGACUACCCAAAUAACGCCCCCACCACGGAGAUGCCCCAGCUCACACCUCCCUCUCACGACACGUCCCAGGCUCCCAGAGUUCCAUUCCAGGCCCUGGCCAUGGUGGUGCCUCCCCAGGAACCCGACAGAGUUCCAUCCAGCUCUUCACCUGUCUCAAGCAAAGGCAUGUCCAAGCAGCGGCUAGCCCAGCUGCAGAGCACGCCGGGCAGCCUGGACGCAGACCUGCUGCAGCCCUUUCACCCGUACCAGCAGCCGCUGGAGUGCAUCGUGGAGGAGACGGAGGGCAAGCUCAACGAGCUGGGCCAGCGCAUCAGCGCCAUCGAGCGCGCCCAGCUCCAGUCGCUGGAGCUCAUCCAGGGCGAGCCGCUCACCAAGGACAAGAUCGAGGAGCUGAAGAAGAGCCGCGAGGAGCAGCUGCAGAAGAAGAAGAAGAUCCUCAAGGAGCUGCAGAAGGUGGAGCGGCAGCUGCAGCUCAAGACGCAGCAGCAGUUCACCAAAGAGUACAUGGAGGCCAAGGGGCCCAAGGGCGAGGCCGGGCCGGCGGCAGGGGUGGAGGAGCCUGGCGCCCCCCUGCCCGGGCAACCACCCCAGCUGGGCACCGACGAUACCACCAUCGCCGUGGACGGGGAGGGGCAGCCCGAUUACUGCAAGCUCAUCCCGCCCAUCGACGACGAUGAGGUGGAGGAGCUGGAGGACGAGGAGGCGGGCGGGGACGAGGCCGGGGACGUCGGCGAGUACCCCAAACUCCCGCAGGUGGACACUAUCCUUUAUCGGGAGUCCUCCCAGCCGCCCCCUCCCCCUCCGCCUCCCCCUCCUCCCGCGCUGCCGCAGCAGCCGUCACCCCCACCGCUGCCGGCGUCCAGCUUCGUCCCCAUCCAGCCGCUGGCCGCGCAGCAGUGCGCCGACUUCGCCAGCGGUGGUGGCGGCAUGGAGUACCCCUGCGCCUUGGAUGGCGGCAGCCCCGAGCUGCAGAGGGCCAUGCUGGGGCAGCAGCUGGGCACCGGCCUCCUCAGCCAGGUGCCCGACGGCCUCAUGGUCGCUUCACCCGCACAGGUGCCUGACGGCCUCAUGGUCGCUUCACCCGCACAGACGCUCACUGACACGCUGGACGACAUCAUGGCAGCAGUGGGUAGCAGAGUGCCUAUGAUCGACACUACAACCUCCCCCACGCCUCAGGCCCCCAUCAGCGCCACGUCGCCCUCUGUGAUGGCCCUCUACCCUACCGUGGACAUCGACGCCUAUACGGAGAGCAAUCACGACACAGCGCUCACUCUGGCAUGUGCUGGAGGCCAUGAGGAACUGGUAUCGGUGCUCAUCACACAUGGGGCCAAUAUCGAGCACAGGGAUAAGAAAGGUUUCACUCCUUUGAUCCUGGCCGCCACAGCAGGACAUGUUGGUGUUGUGGAGAUCCUGCUGGAUAAAGGAGGGGACAUCGAGGCCCAGUCCGAAAGAACCAAAGACACACCUCUCUCCCUGGCCUGCUCCGGGGGACGACAGGAGGUGGUGGAGCUGCUUCUGCUUCGUGGGGCCAACAAGGAGCACCGCAACGUGUCCGACUACACGCCCCUCAGCCUGGCAGCCUCAGGAGGCUACGUCAACAUCAUCAAGAUCCUCCUGAACGCUGGAGCAGAAAUUAACUCCAGGACGGGCAGUAAGCUGGGCAUCUCUCCUCUGAUGCUGGCGGCCAUGAAUGGGCACGUGCCAGCGGUGAAGCUGCUGCUGGACAUGGGCUCAGACAUCAACGCCCAGAUCGAGACCAACCGCAACACGGCGCUGACACUGGCCUGCUUCCAGGGCCGCGCAGAGGUGGUCAGCCUGCUGCUGGAUCGCAGGGCCAACGUGGAACACCGUGCCAAGACGGGUCUAACUCCACUCAUGGAGGCAGCAUCAGGUGGCUAUGCGGAGGUGGGCCGGGUGCUGCUGGACAAGGGUGCCGAUGUGAACGCCCCUCCAGUCCCCUCCUCCAGGGACACGGCUCUCACCAUCGCGGCAGACAAGGGCCACUACAAGUUCUGUGAGCUUCUCAUCAUCAGGGGGGCCCACAUUGACGUUCAUAAUAAGAAGGGGAACACUCCUCUAUGGCUCGCUGCGAAUGGCGGCCAUUUUGAUGUGGUCCAGCUGCUAGAGCAGUCAGGUGCUGAUGUCGACGCUGCAGACAACCGCAAAAUCACCCCCCUCAUGGCCGCUUUCCGCAAGGGCCAUGUGAAAGUUGUGCAAUACUUGGUGAAGGAGGUGAACCAGUUCCCCUCUGACAUAGAGUGCAUGAGAUACAUCGCCACAAUUGCGGAUAAGGAGCUGCUGAAGAAAUGCCACCAGUGCAUGGAGACCAUCGUCAAAGCAAAGGACCAACAGGCGGCAGAGGCCAACAAGAACGCCUGUAUCCUCCUCAAAGAGCUCGACCUGGAGAAAUCCCGCGAGGAGAGUAAGAAGCAGGCCCUGAUUGCAAAGCGAGAGAAGCGCAAGGAGAAGCGCAAGAAGAAGAAGGAGGAGCAGAAGAGGAAGAUGGAGGAGGAGGAGGCCAAAGUGAAGGAGACCUUUGACGUGCAGGACGAGGAGAAAGAUUCCGCAGAAGAGGCGGAGGUGCCCAUCGAGCCCCCCAGUGCCACCACCACCACCACCAUUGGCAUCUCUGCCACCUCUCCCACCUUCACCUCCGCUUUUGGCAAGAAGCGCGCCAGCCUGACCACCAUGCCCAGCGCCGGCCGCAAGAACAAGAACAAGAAGUUGAAGGAGGCACCCGGCGCUGUUAACGAGCCCAUCAUCCUCCAGGACCCGCAGGUGGCCCUGGCGCAGCAAAAGGCCGACAAAAACAAGAUCAACGGCGAGCCUCGGGGCGGCGGGGCACCGGGCGGCACCAGCGACUCGGACAACUUGGACAGCGGCGACUGCAACAGCGAGAGCAGCAGUGGCAGCGGCGGAAGUAAGAGCCAUGAGCUCAGCGACGUCCCCUCGUCCUCGUUCUCCUCCUCCUCCUCAUCCUCUUCUUCCUCCUCCUCCGCUCCUCCUGGUCCGGCCAAGAUGCAGUCUCCACCGGAGAAGCACCAUGGCCUGACCAUGCAGAUCUCUAGAGAGGAGAAGGUCACCCCGUCUAAGCCACAUAGGGUCUAUGAUGUGGAGUCUCACAGUUCUUCGUUCUCAUCUGUGAAGACAAACUCACUGCCCAUCACCUCACCAAACAACAAGAUGAACCUCACCAGCCCCAAAAGGGGUCAGAAGCGAGAGGACGGAUGGAAAGAAGUUGUCCGCAGUUGCUCUGUCUCCAGAUCGAAGAAGCUCUCGGUCCCGGCCUCUGUGGUCUCCCGUAUCAUGGGCAGAGGAGGCUGCAACGUCACGGCCAUCCAGGACGUGACGGGUGCGCACAUCGACGUGGACAAACAGAAGGACAAGAACGGGGAGAGAAUGAUCACAAUCAGGGGAGGCACAGAGUCCACUCGACAUGCCGUGCAGCUGAUCAAUGCCUUGAUCCAGGACCCAGCCAAGGAGCUGGAGGACUUGAUCCCACGCAAUCACAUUCGGCAACCCGGCACGAGCACCCGGAUGGGCUCAACGCACACCACCUCCACAGCCUCCAGCACCACCGUGGCCAGCUCCAGGGGGCUACCCCCUGCCGUGCCGCCCUCUGCCUUGUCCUUCCAGUCCGCGGCUGCUGCCAGUGCCCAGCAAGGGGGCAAACUGGGGAAGAACAUGUCGUCGGCGCCAGGCGUGCGGCCUCCCUUCGUCUCCCUGCCCCUAGCCUACACGCACCCCCAGCUGGCUCUGCUGGCCAUGCAGCAGAUCCGCCACCCGCGGCUGCCCAUGGCGCAGUUCGGCGGCACCUUCACGCCCUCGCCCAACACGUGGGGCCCGUUCCCGGUGCGCCCUGUGAGCCCGGGGAGCGCUAGUGGCUCGCCCAAACACAACGGCGGCGUUGGCACGACCGCUCCUCGGCCCUCGCCAGUUGGCAGCGCCCACCCUGAGCACGCGUCUCCCUCCGCCGGCGCCGCCCCCACCACGCCCAUCUCCAUGGCCCCUCCGCUUACGUCUGCUGCCCCUGGCACACACACGCCCUCCUCCGCCAGGAAGCAGCUUUUCGCCGAGCCCAAGGUUGGGUCCGCUCAGCCGUCUGCGGCUAUAGCCCCGGCCCAGCAUCCCGCCACGCCUGUGACCUUCGCCCCAACCGUGCGCAGGACCCCGCCACUCCCUCCAGCCUCCUUCACCUCCCCUGCGCAGCAGCAGCAACAGCAGCAGCAACAACAACAACAACAACAGCACCAGCAGCAACAACAACAACAACAGCAGCAGCAGCAGCAGCAACAACAACAACAACAGCAGCAGCAGCAGCAGCAGCAACAGCACACACCCAGCAAGAUGGAGCCCACUUUCUCCAACGGCAAGGACAAGCCCCUGGUCGAGCUGUCCACGGCCGCUGCCUCCACCCAACCUGAGGGCCCCGUCGCCGCGGCGCCCCUACGGUCCUCCCCGACGCCCCAGCCCACCCAGGGAGACGUCCGGCAGCAGAUGCCCUCGGGUUUCUCGGCUGGCGACUCCGGUGCUGUCGCUGUCUCCCAGGCCUGUGCUCCGCUGCCAGUCUCUCGGCCCUUGCCCACCAGCAACCAUAACAGCCUCCACACCAACAUCAGUGGUACCGUGUCUCAUUACACCACAUCUGCGCCUGGCGCAUCGCAUCGUGUGCAGAACGCCGCCUCCGUCUACCCCAUCGGCGCCGGAGUGCCCAUGCAGGAGCAGCAGGCCGUGUUUGUACCCCCUGGCCCCCCACAGGAGCUGCACAAGCCUCAGCCCAACCAGUCCCCCAUUCGCAUGGCGCCACCUCCUCUGCCCACCUCCACCCACAAUGUGGGCAUGAUGAACGGCUCCCACAUGCACCCCCAUGGAGCCAAAGCCCAGAUGCCGCCCAACUUCGGCCCCAACAACCUCUUCAAUCACUUUGGGAGCAUCUUCGAGAGCAAUCAGGUGGGCCACAACCAGGUGUGGGGAGGCUGCCAGCUGCCCAACCGGACCCCUCCGGAGCAGACCUACAACGCCCCGCCCGCCUAUGUGGACGAUGCCGGACAGCUGGACGGUGUCAUGAACCAGGGCGACAACUCCAAGGCGCCAGGCUACCGUUGUGCCCCUCAGAAGAUGGCCACACACAGCCCCAUUGGAAUGCACCAUGUGGAUCCCACGGGCAACUCGGGCAUGUCGUCCUCCACGGCGCUCACCAGCUUCACCACGAGCAUCACGGGCAGCCCUGUGUUCCUGCAGGGCUCGGCCCCGGUGGGCCCCCCCUCCUUCAGCCGCCAGCACUUCUCCCCCCUGCCCUGGGGCGCCUCGUCCUCCUGCAAGAGAAUCAGAGGUGAGUCUCCAGUGCCCUCCGUGUCCACGGGGAACGCGUCUCCUCACUGCACGGCCGCCGUCAUGCCGCAGAUCCAGGCGAAGGCCAUCAGCAGUGCCAGCCAGCAGGACCGUAAAGUGCCCCCGCCCAUCGGGACGGAGCGUCUGGCCCGCAUACGGCAGACCGGCUCGGUCAACCAUACCAUCCUGCCCGCCAGCUACACGUCAAAUGUAGGGCAGGGAGGCAUCUGGUCCUUUGGUGUGGGAAGCGCCACUGAGCCCAUGGCUGGGUGGUCCCAGCCGCUGAUGGGAGGGCACAUGAUGCCCCAGCAGCUGGCUGACCAGUCCGCCUUCUCCCAGCACCAGGCCAUGGAGCGUGACGACACGGGCAUCGUGGCCCCAUCCAACACCUUCCACCAGCCCGUGCCCACCAACUACAUGGAUUUCCCCAAGGGUUUGCCCAUGUCUGUGUACGGCAACACGAUGAUGCCCCCUCACCCCCCGUUGGCAGAGGCCCCAGGGGGCCCCAUGUACAAUGGUCUGCAUGCCGCCGACCCUGCGUGGAACCCUAUUCUCAAAGUGGUGCCCAACUCGGCCGAGAACUCCGAUCCUCAGCAGGUCUGGACCGGCACCUGGGCUCCUCAUGUUGGAAGUGUACACCUGAAUCAUGUCAACUAAACACAAACCUAGCUGGUAAAUAGUAGGACCAGUGAGAGGAAAGUAGGAAAAAGAAAAGAAUUAAAUUAGAAAAACAAGAUUUACUCAGUGACUGAAGACUUUAACCUAAGCGUAUCCCCAAAUUGCAAAAUUAUACUUUAAAAAUGGACUUAGACACCUUUUGAUGUGCCUGACUGAAAAAAAGAGACAGACAGAAAGACGGAAAGGAGAAAAUAACCUCUGGCGUGGGCUUUAAAGCAUUUACUCUUGUCUAUGAACAAACCAACUGCCUGUUUAACAGGAUACAUUCUCUGCAUAGUAUAGCCAUUUUGAGAUAAGAAGCCCACGUAUAGUGGGGCUGGAGGGCUCAGUAGGUCUGUGCACUAUUUAUACCUAGCCAUGACCUAGAUGAUUACUCACAGAGAGAAAUCAGACCUUUAGAAAGGUAAAUACAUGUAUAAUUGUUUACAUACUGAAAAAAGGGUUAAAAAAUGAGAGUAAAUUUCAUGUCGUAUAGUGGCUCUACUUUAUGUAGCCUGUAUUAAUGUGAAAUAUUUACCUUAAUAUUCAAUAAAGAUGUUCAUUAAGAUAUUCAGUAA